ACUGGCCAUGGAGCUCCUCAGCGCGUGUCAGCGAGGAGACGAGGAGACGUUGCGGAAGCUGUUGCAGGAGGGGAAGGAUCCGUCAGAGGCCAAUGGUGUAGGACAGACGGGCCUUCAUGUGGCCGCCCUAUGGGGAAGACCAGCCAUCCUCGACAUGCUCAUCAAGGCCGGUGCUAACCUCAAUGCUGCCAACUCCUUCAGCGGUGCCACGCCCUUGCACUGCGCCGCACAGGAGAACGAAAGAGGAGACGGCCGAGGAAGAAUCGAGUGCGUCCUGAAGCUCAUUGCUGCGGGCGCCGACCCAAGUAUAAGGGAUAUGCGAGGAAGGAAGCCUGCAUUCUACUCUCGCAAUGCCGAUGUACGUGCCGCCCUCGGGGCUCCUCCGGAGCCUGAGGAAGAUGAGGAAGAAGAUGAGGAGGAGGAAGACGAUGAAGAAUUUCUACCCGAUAGCGAGAAGACCCCCGUUACUAUUGUCACUGGGUUUUUGGGAGCAGGUAAGACGACUCUGAUCAACUACAUCUUGCACGAGCGGCAUGGGAAGAAGAUAGCAGUGGUUGAGAAUGAGUUUGGAGCCGUAGACAUCGACAGCAGUCUUGUCACUGCCAACCUCCAGGCAAAGGAAGAUGUCAUCUCGAUGGACAAUGGUUGUGUCUGUUGUACCGUGCGUGGCGACCUGGUGAAGGCAUUCAAGAGUUUGGCCGAGAGGAAUGAGAAGUACGAUGCGGUCAUCAUAGAGACUACAGGCAUGGCUGAUCCGGCACCGGUAGCUUUCACCUUCAACACUCAGAGAGAAGUUGGUGCAAAGUUUCGAAUUGAUGCAAUUCUCUGUCUUGUGGACGCCAAGCACAUCCAACAGCACCUUGACGACGUGAGGGAAGCUGGGGUCAUCAACGAAGCUGUCAAUCAGAUAGCUUUUGCCGACAAGAUUCUUUUGAACAAGAUUGACCUUGUUUCUCAAGAAGAGAAAUCUACUGUUCGGAGAAGCAUAAAAUCUAUCAAUGCUACUGCACAGAUCAUCGAGACCGAGAGAUCCAGGGCAAAUCUUGAUCUUCUCUUGGGUAUCGGCAGUUUCUCCCUCGAGAGUCAUGACCAUGAUGGCCCAACGCCGAAGAAACCCAAACGGUCUGCACAUCUUUCCGGCGUCAGCAGCGUUGGAGUUGAGAUUGACGGAGAGCUCGACGAGCAGAAGUUCAACAUCUUCAUGACCAAACUACUGCAAGAAAAGGCUCGUGAUCUCUAUCGCAGCAAAGGUGUUCUCAAGUUCCAUGGCAGCGAUGACAAAUUUGUCUUCCACGGAGUUCAUGAACAGAUUGCCUUCGGGCCCGUUGAGGACGGAUGGAAUGAAGGUGAGAAGAAGAAGGUCAAAGUCGUUUUCAUCGGAAGAAACCUGGACAAGGAGGCCCUGCACAAGGGACUUGAAGCCUGUAAGGUCUGAUAGCGAGGAGAGGAAUUAGUUCGCUUCGAUUUACAUAUUAGGAUAUGAACAGCAGACAGU